AUGACCGAAGUGACACUAUCCAAGCUCGACACCGACAGCCAUCUCAUCCUCGACCAACCACUCCUCCGCCUGCCCCACGAACUCCUCCGCAAGAACCUCAAAUCCGCCCAGCGCCAGAUCGAAGUCUCCCACAAAGCCAUCGACAGCAGUCUCGACCCCGUCAAGCCCAGCAGCAGACCCGCCGACACCCUCGCCGCCCUCGACGCCACACUCGCCAAAGCCCAGACACUCAAGCGGAAAUUGGAAGCCCUGCAUGAAGAGGAACGGAAUCUCCAUCGUCAGCAGAAAGCACGGAUCGCCCAUCUCCAAGACUUACACGACGUGCAAAGCGUCGGCGAUGUCAAGUUCGACGACUGGUCCGAAGUCCGUCUAGACAGACUACUUGUAGAUUAUCUCCUCCGCCAAGGCUACACCUCCAGCGCUCGUGCCCUAGCCUCAGCAAAGAAUGUAGAAGAUCUAGUCGACAUCUCCGUCUUUGAAGAAAGCAGUCGGGUCGAAGCCGCCUUACGUGGGGGAGAUGUGAAGGAGGCAUUAGCCUGGUGUGGCGAGAACAAGCAGGCAUUAAAGAAGAUCAGUAGUAAUCUGGAAUUGGAGUUGAGAUUACAGCAAUUCAUUGCUUUGCGAAGAACAGGCGAGAUGGGGAAGCUGACGGAGGCGCUGGUGCAUGCGCGGAAGCAUCUGGGUGGCGGGCAGGAUCUGGAAUUUGGGUUGAAAGCGGGAGGGUUAUUGGCGCAUCCGCCUGAUACCAUGGUAGAGCCUUAUGCGACAAUCUACUCCUCCACUCGCUCCGACUACCUCGCCACCCUCUUCCUCCAAACUCACCACACCCUCUUCUUACUCCCAUCACAACCCCUCCUGCACACAGCCCUAAGUGCCGGCCUCUCAGCACUGAAGACCCCAACCUGCCACAGUCUCCACAACCCCAAUCGUGGCAGAAGCCACCUCUCAUCCUCCAUCGCCACCUUAACCGGCAGUCCGCUCUGUCCAAUCUGCAGCACGGAACUCAACGAGCUAGCCCGAGGUGUACCGUACGCCCAUCACACGAAAAGUUUUGUCGAAGAGGAUCUGGUUGUUUUGCCGAAUGAUCGUGUCUUUGGAAGGGAGAGGUUGAGGGCGUUAUGUGAGAAGUUGGGGGUGCCCCUAGGCAAGAUCAGGGAUCCGACGGAGGGGCUGAGGGGAACGGAGUGGGGUGAGGGGGAAUUAAGGAAGGUGUAUAUUUCUUGA